AACCUUCUCAACAUCUCCCUCAACCAUGAAUCACCCAACUCCCAUCAUGGAUAUAGCGCGGUCACUGCAGACUCUCAAGGUGGCGGACCUCAAAGUAAAAUGCAGAGAGCUCAAGAUCACAAAUUACUCGAAGCUCAACAAAUCGCAGUUGAUAGAAGUGAUCUUGGUCCAUGCCCAUCCUAAUGCUCCUAAUGCCCCAGAGCCAGCCGCAUCAUCGACCAUAGCCAGCGAUCCGACUACCUGCCCUGCGGUUGAGCCAAAGCACAAGCGCCAAAGGACUGAGUCAUCCUCGAGCUUUCCCUUACCCGAUGGACCGAAAGAGUCUUUCAAGGCUCCCCAGAAUCAAGCUUCAGCAACAUCAGCAGCGCAUGCCAUCCAUCCCCGGGCACGUCUUCCCUAUAUCACAUCGACACCUUCCCUUACGCAGCAGCCCACCGACGACCUCAACGUUGCUGCUGCUAAUGCAAGUCCCACUUCCUUUCCCACACUUUCAACAACGGGAUUGUCCGAGCAGCUCCCCGAGCCAAUAGCUUCUACUGUAUCCGCCCCGCCUCGGAAGAUCUCUUCCAAAACCAAGCCGAAAACUAUACUGCCCUCUGUGAUCAGGGAAAGGACUUUUCAGGCGCUUGUCCCAAUACCGAGACCCCCUCCGAGGACUGCGUUGGAUCAUGCCUCGGAGAGUUUUUCGAGUGAGCGCCAAGCGAGUCCAGGAAUGAGCUCUCAUGGGAGAGUGCAUUAUGUCAGCAACCACUUUCUCAACCAAGCGGCUGCCUGCCUCCACAAGUAUCGCGUCCAUCCUAUCAAUUCGCCGCCCUUUCCCUAUCCUACGACAUACCCUAUUGAGACGCGCACCUUGACGCACGACCUCCCUUUUCAAGCUAUACACCCUUCUCUCUAUACCUCAGUCUAUCCAUUCGGUGCCCUUAAAGUCGCCAUUCGGUUUUGGGUCUUUCGCCUACACACCCACAUGCAGCAGGGUUGCGGAGAAGCAUGGAGCGGAAUGGGAGGCGGCCUAGGGCUACUUGGGCCUGAUCUGAGCACUUGGCCGGCGGUUGUGAGCUGCAGAAUGGUUUCAAAGGAUGUGUGGGUUGUCGAUACAGAGUGCUCGCGGACGGAUGAAGAGUCUGUCAAUGGCGAAGUGGCGAUCCACAAGGAGCGGUUUUUGAUACUUGAAGCUACCGGAGAGGCUAUAGCUUCUGCUUCUUCAGCGCGACCUGUACAGCAACAUGAGAGUGAUAAUGUCAUUGAGGGAUGUCGAGUGAGACCCGAUUGGUUUGCGCGAAUCCAGCAGGGCGAUGCCUCCGACCCGCUUCUCCAGAUGAUUGGGACGAAGGAGGAAGAUGCGUAUCCGGCGGGGAUCUCCAAAUCAUGGCAGAGCAGGGUUGGAAAUGAUCAGGAAUUGAUGAAGACAGCAGAACGAGCUGUUCUGGCUAGCUGCGCGUUGAACAGCACAAGCGGCUGCAAGAUGACGGCUGUGGAAAUGGACGCUGAGAGCAUUGGAAAGUCCACAGUAAUUCCCAGGUCGAAGGCUGAAGAGCGCGUUGCCUUGUAUUUGCCAGAGUAAGUGCACUGAUUAUAAAACCCACUCACCGAAAGGUCUCUUCAAGUUCUGUCUGUCCAUAUCCCUCUCGAGCCGUUCCAUCCCGCCCUAGCCCAAGUCCAUCGCCAAACAGGUCACUCGCAAUACGUCUUGCGGGAUACUGGUCAGAUCGUUGGUGGCGAGGACGGCGUCGCGCCCUUGUGGCAGGGAUUGCUGGGAUGCGAUCAUGCUGGUCAGAGGGACGAUAAGCUGGCGGAAAGUUUCUGGCAAGGCUGGGAAGAAAGGUUGUUGUCAUAAAUGCGAAGAAUAGUGGGGAUCCAGGUGGAAAUGCAUCGACAAUAUGC